GCCAGAGGUUGUCUCUUGCUUCUGUCAGUGCUGUUGGCGCGUUUUCCAGCGUCUAAUUCACGCACCAUUGUUGGUGUUGAUGACUGAUUAAGUACGGUAUAUACGACUUUCAUUCACGACAAGCACGAAAUAGUACACACACAUAUAUAUAUAUAUACUUGAUACCCUUCUGUACACUAUUACCAUUGCUGCUACUCCAACCGUUAUUUAUGCAAAGAGCCGGUUAGGUGUAUAUCGACAGCAACAACAACAGCCACAACCGUAGCCAUGGCGGUCGGAUCUGCAAGGGACAAGUUCCCCAACGAUUUACUUCUGGUGCAAUUCCUUCGAUCAGCCAAGAGAUGCGCCGGCCAAGGGCCUUGCAUCUAUGACCAAUUCGGGUUUGAGAAAACGCUCGAGGAGCUCAUAGCAGAUAUUUUGCGCAUGCGCGACCUCAUGCGCCAGCAAUUACCGGCGUCUGCGUUUAGCGAACGAGGCAUCUUUAAAGAGGAGACGCCGUAUGUUGCGGUGCUGACAAGGAGCGGCUAUGAGUUUAUCGUUGCCUUCUUUGCGACUCGAGUGCUGGGGGGAGCAGCGAUUCCAUUUGGCUCUGGUAUUCUCCCGGAAGAGGCGCGAUAUUUUGUCGACAGCGCAGAAUCACUCUGUAUUCUAGCUGGGAAGGAUUGCUUCGAGAAAGCCGAGCGAAUUGCUGCCAUUUCCGGCAACUUGACCGAUUUCAGGCCUGUUGCUAUACCCAUCUCAUGCGACGCCGAACCAGUGGGUGCAAUUGACAUCACCAUUGAUGAGACGCUCAAUAUGGACCCUCACGGCCCUGGUCUGGUCAUUUUCACGUCUGGCACCACUGGGCCACCAAAGGGCGCUGUCCUUCCUCGAAUCUGCAUGGUCUUCCAGCCAGACGCGCCCCCAAACUGCCAGACUGUUUGCUUUCGACCUCCUCAUUGGCUUGGCGGCGCAAUCAGUCUAGUCGAGCCCAUGCUCACCGGCAAGAAACUUCACAUACUCAAGGAGCGGGCCGGCGUAGAGCGCAUCUGGGAAGUCUUGCGCAGUCACCACAUCACUGGAACGGGAUUUACACCAGGCGUCUUGCGUGAGAUGAAAGAGUGGUUAGAGGCACGGAGCGAGGAUGAGCAAGAAGAAUAUAUCAAAGCGUUCAAGAAUAUCAGUGUCAUUCAUUGCGCCGGUGCCAUGGUGUCGCCGUCUGUGUUGAAAUUUUGGAAGAACAGAACUGGAUUGCCGUUUAACAAUGUCUACGGCUCAACGGAGGUUGGCGGCCUGGCAACAUUCAAGUGUCUUGAUGGCACAGAGCGAUCGGAUGCAAUUGGUGUCGCAUUUCCUGGCAUCAAAGUCAAGCUGGCGGAUGGCGAUCAUGGAGAAAUCUGUGUCAAGAGCCCAUUCAUGCUUACGCACUAUAUUGGAGAUGAAGAAAAAACAAAAGCCGCUUUUGAUGACGAAGGGUAUUUCAAGACGGGAGAUUUUGCGGAACUAAAGGACGGCGAGUACAUCUUCUCUGGCCGUGCCAAUACCGACUAUAUUUUGUUCCGACACUACCGAAUACCCAGCGUCCAAGUCGAGGUUGCACUUACAGCUCUCCCCUACGUGACUGAAGCCUGCGUUUUGGGUGUGCCGGAUAACGAAGCCAAGGAAAUAUGCGCCGCCGUCGUUCGUCUUACCCCGGAGCAAGAGCAGCUGCAGAGCAGAUAUGCCGAGCAGACAAUUGACCUCGCACGUCUCCGAAGAGAUAUGAACGAGUCACUGCCGAAAUACAUGCUCCCUGUGCUGGUCAAGAUUCUUGGCCCUGGGGAAGAGAUGCCGCAAACAGUUUCGCAAAAACCUAUCAAGAGUCAGAUCAUCAAGAAAUACUUUGGAGUGGACAAGUCAUGGUCUGCGGAGAACUCUGUCCUGGGGGUGGAAUAUUGGGGAAGCAUGCCUACGCCAGUGGAGGCAGACACGAAGCUGUGGGACUGGCUUGGCUUACAACGAGCUGAUUUUAAAAGUGAAGCUUGAGGAUAUUCAAACGAAAAGAGAUGGGAAGUUGGGCCAAUCAUAUGUGAUCCAGUCAUAUUAAUGAUUGCGAGAAUUAGGGCUAUGUGAUGCAAAGGCGAUGGUUCAUGUGUGUUAAAUAGCUGGUAUGCGGAAAUGGUUCU